UAUUCUUGUUCAUCACUGCAAUAUACUAGCGACGUAUUUACGAGAGCUUUUCUAAGAAAUAUUAGCUUUGGUGAAGCAGUGCGUGGAAAUUCUCUGAUGAGUACAAUGAUGGCAAACAGUAUGCCUUUUAAUAGCUGGCCAGGUAUUUGUGGAUUUGGCAUCCCAUAUCCUAUGAUUAUGCCGAUAAUGAUGCCGACAAUGCCUAAUUUUGGUGGUAUAACGAACAGAAAUCAAGGAAAUCGAGUGUUCGCACAGUUUGGUCGAACUAAUAAUGCCAGGAAUGCGGAUCCGUUCUCAACGAAUAAAAAUAUACGCAGCUCAAGCAGGAGAGGUAAUAACCGCUGCUGGAACCAGGAAAAAGGCAGAUAUCAUUCAAUUGAACGCAAUGGAGAAGUCAAUUGUAACGACAGUCUUGACGAACAUAGUACUUUGCAAGCUCGAAAUGCUUUUCAUCAAACUUUUAAUCGAAAUAAUGGGUGUUGGGGUAGGCGAGGGGGAAGAAAAGGUACAAGCGAAGGUCGUCGAUCUGGGAAAUAUGGUCCUAAUAUUAACGCUGCCGGUUCAGCGCACGAGAACUUUUCUUCCGACGGUCCUGAAUUUCCUGACCUCAGUAUGGAAAAUAAAAGAGGCGAACCAGUCGCUUGUCCAGGAAGCAGUGAGUGGGACUUGCCACCGCCACGAAAUAAGCGUGUAAAUCGGCUCACAGGUUUUGACAAGAACACAACCGGAAGUGAAUCUAAUUGA